CUGUCUCGUUAGUUUAGCUCGAGUUCGGCGCGCGGCCGGUUCGUUCUUGUCGCGCGCGGGCGCGCCUAUACUUUUUCUUUCAUGAGAUCGAAACGUAACCAACGUCAUACUAUCGAUAAUCUUAGCCGGCUAAAAGUGUUGAAGAAAUUUCACGGUAAUAGUCGGGUUUUUUUAACUCGGCAUUGUGUAUUUACACAUUGAGACAUUCAGAGCGGUUCGUCAAUCCACUCUCGCAUAUUUUUCUCAUAUACGCGUUUAUAUAAAUUUGAUUACAAGUAGAAAUUAAGAAAGAAAAAACAGUAUAAGAGUCUCUUGAAUUAAAGAGAAAAAAAAGGAAAGACUGGGAAAGGACAUUAGAAGGGCAAACAGCCCUUAAAGACUUAAAAGACAUGACGCAACUUGAGUGUCGUCGAUAAACAGAAGAACGUAUUCCGGGUGCUUGUGUGGUCCCAUUUGUGAGAUUGGUGAGAAUCCUUGGUGACUGUGGUUAACGCGCGUAUACUACACUUCUUUACCAAGACCAAUCGGAAAAGUCUCAACGCCUGCACUCACAUCAGUGUCAAAGUUUCGUAUCAAAGAAGAAGGGUUACUCAUGUUGGGAGUGCUUAAGCGGCGCUGGAAGCCUUCGAAAAGGGCUUCCAGUGGCCGCGGAACUGAUUCGCCCCUAAACUCGGAUUUAGCACUGGACAAACCUCGACCGAUACCGUCUCCCAGACAAAUCCACCCUCUGUACGGAGAAAAGGCAGGGCUUUUAGGCUACUGCGAUACUGUCGGUAACACAGAAAACUUUCCACCAGCCCCUAAUAUUGUUGUAGAGGGUGGAAGAAUAGAGUUCGUGCGCCCCUCGCAAGAUGGCACUACGAUACCACGAAGAAAUACAAUGUCCCGAGGGUCACAAACUUUCAACGAUCAGUCGGAAAAAUCCGAUCCUGCGAAGGAGAGCCUCGAGGAGCGAGUUCACGAAUUGGAACGAGCACUGCAAGCGGAACGUCUCGUCUCUCAACGAGAUCGUGCUACGAUCACCAAACUUCAACGACAAAUUAACAAGAGGGAGGCUACGCAACGAGAUGUUGAACGAGAAAGACGACAACGAUUGGAGGCCGAAGCUCGGCUACGAGAAGCUACAGCUGAAGCUGAACGUGCGAGAUCUAGGGUACAUCAUUUACAAAGGGAAUUGGCAAGGAUGGAAGAAUCAUCGCGUGGAUUGUUGCAACACAAGCAAAGGGCCGAACAGUUGAAGCAAGAAAAGACCGCGCUCACGCUAUCCUACGAGGCACGAGUACAUCAGUAUCAGGUCCAGAUCUCAAAGUUGCAAUUGGAGAACGAGUCGAUGCGCGGUCAAUUGCGUGGAUUGGAAGCUGCCUGUGCUGGCGAGGUGCAUGCUGCCUUGGUUGCACGUUUGGCGACCUUGGAAAACGAACACGCAGCUCUGGCUCGUGACGCGGAUGCGCAACGUCGUCAAUACGAGCGGUGCCUCGACGACGUCGCCAACCAGGUGGUCCGUGCCCUUCUAUCCCAAAAGGGUUUCAGGGAAGAGAUCGGUGCGUUGCAGAGGCGCAUACGAGAACUCGAAGCUCAAAAUCGAGCGCUGUCGGGUCUCCUAGCUCAAGCAGCGAGUCCUGGAAGUCCCACUGAACUGAUACAAAAUAUACUCGAAGCUGGGCCAGCUGCAUUGGUAGCUGCCCUUAGCUUGGAUCCAUCCUGGGUUCCACUUUCUAGACCACGUUCUCUUAAUUUACAAAUACCCGUUAUGGCAGCUGCAACAAAGUGUCGACGAAACAGACCAACACUAGGUCAAAAACCUUCAACGGGUUCAGGAUCAGCGUCAAAUGGGACAACGGGUGCCGCGGAAGAAGAAGGUAGCGAGAGUCCUGAAAGUGGUAACAGGGAUGAGGGUUACUCGACAAUGUCGAGCGAUGUUCAAGGUGAAGGUGCUCGUCAAGAACCUUCCUCGCGUGGAUUGGAAGAUCUCAAAGAGGCAACCGAUGAGACCGAAGGCGACGUUUCACCGGACGCGCGUUUGAUCGCGUUAGAUGCCGGAGAUCCUGAUGUUCUCUUUCUACCUCUGAAUUUAACUCUUGGAAUUAAUCCACGGCACAGUUAUCCACCGAGCAAAGACCUUUUACCCUAUCAACACGUGAUGCGUAGCUUCUCGGACAGUCAUCUUUGUUUGAAACUCACUGCGACGAGUAAUUUCACGCCGUACAAAUUACCGAGCCCCAUGGGAUCCUCCUCCCUACUUCUCAUAGAAGAGGAGGGCUGGGAUGCCGAGUACGUACAGCAAUGGCUCAGAUUGGACGAUAGCAGAAGCGCUCAACAGCAUCGAGAUCUACUCGAGUUGGAAUAUGAUAGGGCGGAAUUGGAAGACUGGAGUUUUUCUUUGUCGACAGAGGACCUCGUUCAAACAGAAUCUACAACGUGGAAAGAAUCGAAUGCUUGUACCGCAAUACCUGCACUCCCUGCGAUCAAAGAACACAAUCCCUUGGAACUCGAAGAGGACGCGAAUGAAUGUUUGUGGAAUGGUGCCAGUUAUCUCGCCGAUAGAGCAGGGGGUGAAUUGGUUGCUCUAUUGAUGGACACGAGAACUGCCGGACCUUGGCCUUAUGCUUCAAGCCCUGGUGCUUCCUGGAGUAGCGAAGAAGGUGUUAUGGAAAAUUCGAGUAAAAGAUCAUCGGCUGCUCUAUCCGGUUGCAGCGAUGAUCCCGAUUCACCUUCGAUCGGCACCGAUUUCACCAGGGACUUUUAUAGAUUGGUUAAAUUCGAAAGUACCAAAAGUCUCGCGAGUACUUCCUCGAGAAGCGGGAAACCACCUACCGAUAGGGAACAAGCCCUUCAAAGCGUUCUUUCCUUCAUAGCCGAACAACAAAUGUAUUUGGCUGAAUUACCAAGUAAUUCUUCGGAACAAAACGAUACCCAAGGGCCACCGACGACCCAUUCGAUCGAAGAAAAUGCUGGAAAUAGAAGCGAAUGUCCUACCGUCGAAGGUGCUUCCAUCAAAGAAACGGAAAGAUCUCCGUCGUCGCAGGAAAGUGCUCAUUCGGAAAAUAUAAUCGAAGUGAGCAACAACGAGGAUGAUCCGCUUGAACAAAUAGCAGUACCUCCUUUGCAAACCGAAGAUAGAAUGCUCGGGGUUAUAGGGUCUAACAGUUUAGGGGCUGUAGGUUAUACAACGGUAGCACCCACAGAAUUGGUUGCUGUUCCCGAAGAAGAUGAGGAAGCGGCAACAUCUUCGACCCCUAGCACGGUUGUUAGCCCUGCGAGAGCACCACUCUUGGUCGAAGGUAGGGAUAGGUCGUUGAGCUUCCACGAACGAGCAACGUCGAAGGACGUUAUCGACGAAUUAAAUCGAAUGAUUAGAAAAGGGGAAGAUAGUACGGUCAGUCAAGACCCUCAGGUAGCCCUCGAAAAAUUGGAUCUUGCUUGCUGCUGCCCAACUGGUUGGGUUCACGUUGAACGUGAUAUCGACUUCACAGAUCCUAAGGCCAGAGCAAACCUUCUAGACGUGAUGUUAGCAAGUAGCGAAAGUUCUUCGGCAACCUCGAGCAGUGGUUCCGCAGGUAGCGAUUCCGGGGAUGAACCACCGGAUUAUCGACACUUACACAGGCUACAUCGUUACCGACGACAAAAGAAAGCAUCAGCGGCACAGGCACAACGCGUCCUAAGACCAUCUACCUGGGGAACCUCAAGGCCGUCCAUAAUCGACCGUGGCGAGGACUUUUUCGUGAGGUACGGGGAAAAGGAACGCGAGGCAGUGGCAUCGUUUGAUUUUCUCGACGAGAUAGUACCAUCCUCAUCAGCAUGCUCGGACGACGUUGCAUCCGAGCACGGUGGUGGUGGUGGUUCUGACAACAAAUUGGAUGUCGUUGUUGUUGUUGCCCCCACCCCCGCCCCCGCCGCCGAUUUGGACAACAAAAUUCUUCAAAUUUCGACUACAAUGACUUUGACGACAACGACGACAACAAAUUCCCUUGAAAUCGACGAAUUGACGAAACAACCCUACCACCUCAACGAGGAAGAACAUUCGCUUUAGAACGAGGAUACGAAUUUUCCACUUUUCUACUAUACGCUUUAUGACGCGAGAACACGAGAGAUAUAGAGGUGGUGCUCCUGGUGGUGGUGGUGGUGCUGCGUUAUUUUAUCUAAUUUUUCCUCUAAAAAGAAACAAAAACAAAAAUGAACAAAAAGAAACGUGUACGCGCCCCUCAAAUCUCGUGCCUAGUCCAACGAGCUGCUGGGAUAUAUACUGAGAGAGAGAGAGAGAGAGAGAGAAAGAGGAAUGAAAGGUAAAGAAUGAUAGGACCAAUCUACGUAUGAUUUGUGUGUAAUGUAUGUAUGCAUGCAUGUGUGUGUGUAUGUGUAUAUUCUUUCGAACUGCUGGUUGUUAAUAAGCGCUCUUUUCUAAGAGACCAAGAAAAAAAAACAAAUGAAAGAAAAACCACAUACGUGAGAACACAAUAAUUGUGUAUUUGUUUGUGAAAAGUAUAAAAAUAAUCCCGUAAAAAUACGAUCUCUCGUAAUCGUUUUAAAAAUAUAUGUGAGUAGAAGCAGCAUCUCUCAUCCCCACGUACGAGAGAAUAGAAUUAUUGCUUCCGGAUUCAUAUGAGGGGAAAACAAAAAGAUAAAUUAUAAAAUGAGGAAUUAAAAGAACAAAAAAAAAAAAAAUACAGAGAAAACAAUAUAUAUAGAUAUAUGUGAAACAAAUACACGUAUAACGUAAGUACCUAUUAGAAGCGUUUAGAAAACGCGUUGAUAAGGAUACAUGGUAGGAUAUCCCGGUAGGUUUUAAAACUAUAAGUACUUACUUACUUAAAAUUAAAAAAAAAAAAUAAAAAAAAAAUCGAAAAAAAAAGUAAAUACAUACAUAGGAACGUCGCCCAUUGGUCAACGUACUUAGAAAUCGACAUAUUGGGAUUUUUCUUCGUAGAAGAAUUAAAAAAAAAAAAAAAAGAAAAAAAGAAAAAAAGAGAGAAG